UAUUCUCAUUGAUUUUUACAUCAUACUCUCUAAUAUCUCUGACUUAUAAAUAUUUAUAACUUUAAUUUAUAUCUCUCUUCGUUUUUUAUCAAUAUCUGUAUCUCUGAUUGUAUUGUAAUCACUUUUAUCUCUGAUUAUUAGUUCCCACUGAUUAAGUAUUUCCCUACAUUCGAGUGCUCGGGACCUCGAAGCUUUCUUGCAAAUAUAUAGGUUUACAGUUGUCAAAUGCAACUCGUGAUAAUAUAACGAAUAGCGAUAAAACACACGACGAAGGUAGUAAAAGGUACCAAUUCUAUUUCACAAUCUCGGACAAUUCGCUCUUAAUAUUUCCAAAUUUUUAUCUGGCCUGCCUAUAAUAGUUAUGUUUUCAUUACGCUUAUUUAUCUUUGAUAUUUUCUUUAAUUAUUCGAUGAAAUUAUUCUUUUAAUUAUUUGACUUGUUAAUAGCCAUUUAUUCCAGUAAUUUAAGUAAGUAAUAGCGAAAUCAACGAAAGUAUCGCGAGCAGAAAGUGUGACGGCCGCUUUCUUUUCUACCGUUCCUCUUUAAGCGUACAUAUUAGAUGAAAGUGUUUACGUUGCAAAUGCUUAAAUGUUCGUCAGAAAAUUAGAGGAUCAAUUUUUUAAAUCUAAACUACAGUGGAGUAUAUUUCUAUAUAGUAGAGAAGUGUCACACACCACUGUAGACGGUUGACAAUUUAAGAAACUUAAAUUGCCCGAAAUGUAUCUCGGUCGAGUCAUCCGAAAAAGAUAGCUAUUAAAAAAUGGCAAAACGAUAUAUCGGAUAUAUUGCAGGUAGCUGGAACGGGUCGGUGUCACGGAUCGGUCCUGAUGAUCGAAUCGUGGCAAGAUCUGCAGCAAAACAAAAAGCAAAGUAUCGUGUGUCGUGUGCAAGCGGCUCGAUGGUUGUAGGAAAACGCGAAGACGAUUGAGUGCCGUGAGCAAAAACCCGGAAUCGAGAGCUGGUCUACGUGCCGCGGCCCGAUUACACCAGUUAUCAGUCGUUCGUUCGGUGAUAUCAAUUCGAGUCGAGCCGUGGUCUUGUGGUUCGUUUACGAUCACCCCACUUAUCGCGAACGUUCUUCCAUUUCCCUGUUCGAGAAACGUACUUCUCCUAAUAAGGAAACUCGAUGAUCCUUCGGAGAUCGUCAACGAAUCUUUACUAACGAAUUGCUACGCUUGGCGACGUGAGUGAACGUCGGGUGAACCUUUGCAAAUUGUUCAAGAGGAACAAUCACUCUAAAUGAACAUAUGGAGCGUGAUCGUUUAUCUUUGAAACAUUUUAUGCAUUUUAUUCAACUUUGGGUAAAUUUUUCUACGCGCGAGCGUAUGGAAUAAAAUUUGAAAAGUUGAAAUUAACCGGAUUGGUUGUCAGAGUGCAAAGGGUUAAACGUGACAACGUUUAUCGGCUAAAAUAUUAUAAAUAAUUGAUCGUCGUAUGACGAAUAAAAUUCACUCGAACGGUAUUCGAAUCGAACCGUUGCGGUUCAUUGUGCAAUACCGUGUGUGAUCGGUCCUAAAGACAACUUAUUCUUUCGGAACAAAUCACGAGAAAGUUUCUCCUAAUUAGCUAGUAAGAUGGACGAUGAUACGCAACUUUUGAUCGAAAAAGAAUAUGGAGCAAUAAAUAUGCUCUGGGAUGGCGAGGAGGACGCCGAUUACGAGAAUGACACACCUUGUGCUUCCCGAAUGCAACCUAGCGCAUCGGUGAAGAUUAACAUCGAUGGUAUGAGAUGUCAAAGCUGCGUGAAGAACAUCGAAAGAACGAUCGGUGAUCGACCGGGGGUGGUGAACAUCAAGGUAGUCCUGGAAGAAAAGACUGCUUACAUCGAAUAUAAUACAGUGGAAACUACGGCCAGUCGGUUAGUUGAAGCUAUAGAAGAUAUGGGUUUUACGGCUUCCUUGUGCGGAGAUGAAAACAGCUCUGUCGAAAACGAACGAAAUGGUUCUUUGCAGUCCAGCAUUAGCCAUUGUAGCAUACACGUUGAUGGAAUUACUUGUAUGUCUUGCGUCAAAAGUAUUACAGAUGUUUUAUCGGAGAAACCAGGAAUAAAGGAGGUGAAUGUCAGCUUGGAAAAGGAAGCAAAAGUUUCCUACAACGACAACGAAGUUACGGCUGAACAAAUAGCAAAGUAUAUCGAAGAAAUGGGUUUUACCGCAGUCGUGAAAGAAAUAAAUGGCAAGAGUCUUGAUGCCAUGGUAAACGUGCCAUUGAAAAACAAUAAUGUAGAAAAUGGUGAUGUAUCGUUUCAAGUAAACGGCGGAGGUGACGUGAAAGCUCAGUCUCAAUUGACAAAAUGUUUUUUACACAUAACGGGAAUGACUUGCGCUUCCUGUGUUGCUGCUAUAGAAAAACAUUGUAAAAAAUUGUAUGGCGUAAGCAACAUCUUGGUAGCAUUGAUGGCAGCCAAAGCAGAAGUCAUGUUUGAUCCCGAUAAAAUAAGAGCAAGUGAUAUUGCUGCUAGUAUAUCCGAACUGGGCUUUCCGACCACGUUGAUAGAAGAACCAGGGACAGGAGAAGGAGAGAUUGAAUUAAAAAUUAUGGGUAUGACAUGCGCCUCUUGCGUAAAUAAGAUAGAGUCGACUGUAAAAAAAUUGCCAGGUGUUCUCUCGGCUGCUGUUGCGCUAGCAACUCAGCGAGGUAAAUUUAGAUACGACGUAGAGAAAAUUGGUGUUAGAGACAUUAUCGAAUGCAUUAACAAGUUGGGUUUCAACGCUACAUUGUUUAGUAAUAAAGAUAAGGAGAACAGAGAUUAUUUAGAUCAAAAAGAAGAAAUAAAUAAAUGGCGAGCAGCAUUUUUAGUAUCUUUAAUUUUUGGCAUACCAUGUAUGCUAGCUAUGACUUAUUUUAUGGUUAUUAUGUCCGUGGACGAGAAAACGCACGAAGACAUGUGCUGUAUCGUACCUGGUCUUUCUUGGGAAAACUUGAUUCUUUUUAUAUUUUCUACACCGGUCCAGUUUUUUGGUGGCUGGCAUUUUUACGUACAAGCUUAUAAGGCUUUAAAACACGGUACAACCAACAUGGACGUUUUAAUUUCUAUGACCACCACGAUCUCUUAUUUAUAUUCCGUUGCUGUACUUACAGCAGCUAUGAUAAUGCAGGAACAUGUUAGUCCUCAAACAUUUUUUGAUACUCCUCCCAUGUUACUGGUAUUUAUUAGUUUAGGAAGAUGGUUGGAGCACGUUGCAAAGGGCAAAACUUCGGAAGCUCUGUCAAAGUUGUUGUCGUUAAAAGCAACGGAUGCUGUUCUAGUUCACCUAGGUCCUAACAAUGAGAUACUGUCUGAGCGUUUAAUCAGUAUAGAUUUGGUACAACGAGGUGACGUAUUGAAAGUAGUACCAGGUGCCAAAGUUCCUGUUGACGGUAGAGUUCUCUCAGGACAGUCUACCUGCGACGAGAGUCUAAUAACUGGAGAAAGUAUGCCAGUGCCAAAAAGAAAAGGGUCAAUUGUCAUUGGCGGCUCGAUAAAUCAAAAUGGGCCAUUAUUAAUUACUGCCACGCACACGGGAGAACACACGACAUUGGCACAAAUAGUUCGUUUAGUGGAAGAGGCACAGACGAAUAAAGCGCCUAUACAACAUUUAGCCGAUAAAAUAGCCGGUUAUUUCAUUCCACUCGUUAUAGCCGUUUCUAUUGUAACCUUAUUCAUCUGGAUCAUAGUGGGAUACAUCAAUAUAAAUAAAUUACCGAUUUCGCACAACGAUCAGAUAAAUAAACAUGGAAUGAACAGAGAGGAAAUAAUAUUUCAGUACGCUUUUCGAAGCGCACUUUCUGUGCUAGCAAUCGCCUGUCCAUGCGCGUUAGGAUUAGCUACGCCAACUGCCGUGAUGGUCGGCACCGGUGUCGGUGCGCUAAACGGUAUUUUAAUAAAAGGUGCUGAACCUUUAGAGAAUGCGCACAAAGUUAAGUGCAUCGUGUUCGAUAAAACUGGCACUAUCACGCAUGGUGUGCCAAUGGUAACAAAAAUAAAUCUUUUCGCGAACGAAAAGAUUUGCCCAUUAGCAAAAUUUUUAGUUAUCGUUUGUACGGCUGAAACGAAUAGCGAGCAUCCUAUUGCAUCGGCUAUUGUCAGAUACGUAAGAGAAACAAUUGGGUCUGAUGCAACUGGACAGUGUACAAAUAUUCAGGUAGUCGCUGGUUGUGGACUCAAGUGUAAAGUAUCGCAUAUUUCAACGUCUCUAGCCACCGCUUUAAAGUCUGAAAAAAUCGUCAACUAUAUGAAUCAAGUCGAAAAGUUGUCUUCUGGAACGUGCACCUUGAACGAAGUAUCUAUCGAUGUUGUAUCUGUAGCGUGCUCGAGCCAAGAGAGACAGAAUAUAGAUUUGGAAUUGUUGCUGAGUCCAGACUCCCAUGGCGAUCAAACUAAUUCAGAUGACGUCUACGAAAUUUGUAUCGGUAACAGGGAAUGGAUGAGAAGAAAUGCUGUAAAUAUACCUUCAGAGGUAGAGUCGAAAAUGACGAGCGAAGAAGAUUUAGGUCAUACCGCGGUUUUAGCUGCAGUGAAUAACGUAUUAGUGGCAAUGAUCAGCGUCGCUGAUACGGUCAAGCCAGAAGCUCAUCUGGCAAUUUAUACUUUAAAGAAAAUGGGUUUGGAGGUGAUUCUCUUAACAGGAGAUAACAGAAAAACUGCUGCCUCUAUUGCUAGACAAGUUGGUAUUAGUAGAGUAUUUGCAGAAGUACUACCUUCGCAUAAAGUUGCAAAAAUUCAACGCCUACAAGAUCAAGGCUUAAGAGUUGCGAUGGUAGGAGAUGGCGUAAAUGAUAGCCCUGCUCUCGCUCAAUCGGACGUGGGUAUAGCAAUAUCAUCGGGUACAGAUGUUGCUGUAGAAGCUGCGGAUGUAGUUCUUAUGCGAAAUGAUCUUCUGGAUGUCAUUGCGUGUCUGGAUUUGUCGCGAAAAACAGUUCGCCGUAUUAGACUGAAUUUCUUAUUCGCUAGUAUUUAUAAUCUGUUAGGUAUUCCUAUCGCCGCUGGAAUUUUUAGUUCUUUUGGAUUCUUUUUACAACCUUGGAUGUCAUCAGCGGCGAUGGCAUUAAGUUCUGUAUCAGUGGUUGGAAGUUCUUUGUUACUCAAAUUAUACCGUAAGCCAACAAAAGCAAAGUUGGAAACUCCAGAAUAUUUAACAGCAAUGCGUGCCCAUUCUACAGCGAGAAUGAUAGAUUUGGACACGAUAUCUCUUCAUCGUGGUUUAGACGAUUCGGUAAUGCCUAUUAUGCACAGAUCAACAUCGACGUUAUCCAGAUUAUUCAGAAAAUCUAAAGACGAUUUAGAGGGUCGACUUCUUGGUGGAGAUGUUGAUGAAAUUGACUUGGUAACUGAUUUUUCUGGUUAUCGAAAAAACGUAAAAAGUGAUACAAGUAUAACACCGUUGUGACACGUAAGAACGUUUCUUUUUUAAAUAUGUAAUUUAGCCAUGUACAUUUAUUGUUGAUGACAUAAUGACUUGACAGAAGAUCAACAUUUUGCAAACAUUUUUCCAUAAUCAUCUGCUAGGAGUUAAAUUUUUAAUUUUAUUUAAUCGAUAUUAUAAGAUAAUUGUUAUUUCUAAAUUCCUCCGAACUUUCUUUGA